UUCACCGGAAUACAGAGAGGCAAGAUGGACGCGUUAAAUAAACUCAAGCAGUUUGACGCUUAUCCGAAAACUCUGGAGGACUUCAGGAUCAAAACCUGCGGCGGAGCCACGGUGACGAUCAUCAGCGGGCUCAUUAUGCUGAUCCUGUUCUUCUCCGAGUUACAGUAUUAUCUGACCAAGGAGGUCCAUCCCGAACUGUUUGUGGACACUUCGAGAGGAGACAAGCUCCAGAUCAACAUCGAUGUAGUGUUUCCUCACAUGCCGUGCGCCUAUCUGAGCAUUGAUGCCAUGGACGUGGCUGGAGAGCAGCAGCUGGACGUCGAGCACAACCUGUUAAAGCAGAGGCUGGACAAAGACAGCAAACCGGUCAGCACUGAGCCGGAGAAACACGAUUUGGGACAAGAGGAGGGAGAGAUAUUUGACCCCAGCAAGCUGGAUCCAGACCGCUGUGAGAGCUGCUACGGAGCGGAGACCGAGGAGUUAAAAUGCUGUAACACCUGCGAUGACGUGCGAGAGGCGUACCGGCGGCGCGGCUGGGCUUUUAAAACGCCCGACACCAUCGAACAGUGCAAGAGGGAAGGUUUCAGCCAGAAGAUGCAGGAGCAGAAGAACGAGGGCUGUCGGGUGUACGGCUUCCUCGAGGUCAAUAAGGUGGCAGGUAACUUCCACUUUGCCCCUGGAAAGAGCUUUCAGCAGUCUCACGUUCACGUGCAUGCUGUGGAAAUUCACGAUCUGCAGAGCUUUGGACUCGACAAUAUCAACAUGACCCAUCAGAUUAAACAUCUCUCGUUUGGGAAAGACUAUCCUGGAAUCGUGAAUCCUCUAGACGGCACCAACGUAGCAGCGCCUCAAGCAUCCAUGAUGUACCAGUACUUCGUGAAAAUUGUACCAACGAUUUACGUUAAAGGAGACGGGGAGGUGGUGAAAACAAACCAGUUCUCGGUGACCAGACAUGAGAAAGUGGCCAACGGGCUGAUUGGGGAUCAGGGUCUGCCCGGCGUCUUUGUGCUGUAUGAGCUUUCGCCCAUGAUGGUCAAAUUCACGGAGAAGCAGCGGUCAUUCACUCACUUUCUGACAGGAGUCUGCGCUAUUGUAGGCGGAGUUUUCACAGUUGCUGGACUCAUCGAUUCUUUAAUAUACCACUCAGCGAGAGCCAUACAGAAGAAGAUCGAGCUGGGAAAAGCGUCCUAGCACCUCUCAGUCUCCACCACGGACAUUUGCGGUGCAUUACAGUUUGCAGGAACCCCAGUCUGUUCUAAUGGAAGAACCCAGCUGCGUGCCUGUGUGUGUGUGUGUGUGUGUGUGUGUGUGUGUGUGUGUGUACGUGUACAUACGUGAGUGUGUGUUGCUACUCGCUCCAGAUGCAGGCCGGUUCCUCAGCAGGGCAUCACUGGAACAACCAAACCGGCUGACUGGAUUUCACAGAGAACCGCAGAGUUAAACGGUAACCGUACGGCACAAAUGAAGAAUCUGCUCGUUCCGCUGUGGAAUGAAGAACCUCUCCUGGAAAUCCCAGAGCGUCUCAGUGCGGGACUGGGUGGCACCAUUUAUAUGUAUGUUUGCACUUAAAAUAUCUGUCAGGUCUUUACUGAGUCCUCCAUUACUCUAGCUGACUCUCCUUUUCCUAAAUUUGGUUGCACCACAAGUCCUUAAAGGGCAAUUCCACCACUUCUUCAAAAUUCCUGAAUAAUUCGAUCCCUGAUUUUUUAUAUAUAAAUAAAGUCAUUGAGGUUUUCA